AUGUCCGACGAUUUGUUUGAUGAUGACUUGGACCUAUUAACCCUUACUCAGAAUGGGUAUUUUGAUGUUGUUGAACAAUCUAAUGAAUUGUUUGGCUUUGAUUUUGAGGAGGAGGUUUCCCAAACUGACCAAAUACAUACAGAUGCCAGUGAACUGAGUGUUGACAUAGCCAACUCCAUCCUGGAUUGUCAUCAGCAAGAAACAAUGAAUGACACUGGUAAUAUAAUAAAUAAUGUUAAUCCAGUAAUCACUGAAACUUUAAAUUGUACCACACAGAAUCCAGAAAAUAUUGUUGAUGAGCAAGAAAAUAAUAUAAACUGUGGCAAAUCAAAUGCAAACAAUCCAACCUUCCUCAACAUAACUGAUGAAGAAAAAGAAAACUUUGUUACAGGAAUGAAAAACAAAAACACUGUAAAAAAAACUGAAACAAGUCUCCGUCAGUUCCAACGUUGGCUUGCUGAGCCACCAAGAAAUGAGUUGAGGCAAAUCUGGAAUAUUAUACCAACUGAACUGGACAACUUCAUUGGUUCAUUCUUGCUGUCAAUACGCAAAGCUGAUGGAUCAGAAUAUGAGCCCGAUACACUCACCUCAUACCACAGAGGCAUUGACAGGUGCCUCAGGGAAAAUAAAUAUCCUCACAGCAUCAUAACUGACAAGGAAUUUGCAACAUCGCGACAAGUUUUAGCUUCAAAACGAAAGGAACUCAAAGGCAAGGGAAAGGGUAAUCGUCCAAAUGCUGCAGAGCCCCUGACAGUUAAUGAGAGACAAAUGUUGCGGGAAAAGGGACUGACAGGGACUGACUCUCCAAAAAAACUUUUGAAUUUAAUAUGGUUAAAUAAUACUGUUCUGUUUGGGCUUCGAGGGGGAAAUGAAAAUAGACAACUUAGGUGGGGGGAUAUUAAAAUUAAAACAAAUGAUCAUGGCAGGGAAUACAUUGAAUAUAAUGAAAGGUUAACAAAAACACGUACUGCUGAGAAAACAACUGAAGUACGCCAUUUUAGUCCAAAACAAUUUGCACAUGAUACUCUAGAAACUUGCCCUGUAUAUGCUUACAAAGUAUUUGCACAACACAGGCCAACAGAAAUGUGUCAGCCCGAGUCGCCAUUUUAUUUAGGUAUUAACUAUAAACGACUUCCGGGUUCAGAUAAAUGGUAUAAAUCUCAGCCUCUUGGUGAGCACACGCUCAAUACGUUAAUGAAAACCAUGGCUAUUGAGUGUGGUUUGCAAGGCAAAAAAACAAAUCACAGUGCAAGGAAAACUACUUGCACUGAUCUAUUACAUAGUGGAAUUGCACCAACUACAAUACAACAGUUAAGUGCCCAUAGAAAUGUUCAAAGUGUAAACAAUUAUGCCAAGGCAUCAUGUGAAAUGCAAGAACACAUGUCUGAUAUAUUGUCCCAUAACCCAAAUCCUCCCAAGCUUAAAAAUGCAAUUCAGAUGUGUCAAACUCAAAGUAAACAAUCACUCACCAAUUCCACUGGUCCGCCUCGUCAAAUUCUAGCACCUGUACAAUCACCAUUUAACGCAACUGUUUCAUCAAAUAUCCGUACAAUGUCGGGAAUUGAAUUAGUUUCAACCCAUACUGGUCAAAUUCUUCAGAAUGCAAGACUAAUGAAUUGUCCAAUAACAAUUAUUAACAAAUCCGUGAAAACUGAUGACAUUUCACCAAGUCCCAAACGCCGAAGAAGGAUUUGUCCGGUAAUUGAAUCUGACAGUGGCAGUGAAUAAUUCAUGUACACUAAGCGGAACAAUACAAAUCAAAAGUUGCAUUUCUAGCUUUUAAAAACUGUUAUCUUUUAAACGUUUGUUGAUAUUGUGACGGCGUAUUGUGACACGACAUGGAUCGGCCAUAUGUCUAUUUCCUAAAUAGAAAACUGUGUUGGAGGCGUGGCCUCUUUUGAAAAACUGAUAUAUUCAUCCGCCAUUCAUAAAUGUUAUUUCUCCAUAUCUAUGUUUCUGAUUGUGAAAUAAAUGAUAAAAGUUAUAAAAUUGAUUUCUUUUUGUUUUAAAAAUUUAUAGGUAUAUAAUAAAAGGAAAAUUAUGUUGUAGUAGCUUU